AUGUACGAACCUCAUCUGGUUGAUCACGCAAAUCAACAAUCAAAACCUAGGAGAGAGAGUCAGUCUUUGCUGGAUGAGUUUGAUAAAUUAGCACCUAUAAAGAGUUUUGAUGCUUUUCCAAAAGUACAAUCAACAUACACUGUGCAGUCUAGGAGAGGAGGGGUACUGACAGCGAUAGUGGGAACGAUAAUAUUUCUGCUGGUAUUGAAUGAUUUGGGGGAAUACCUUUAUGGUGCACCGGAUUACUCGUUUCAUGUAGAUCACGAGUUACAGAAAGACCUUCAACUGAAUGUUGAUCUAACAGUAGCUAUGCCAUGUCAUUAUUUGACGAUUGAUCUGCGAGAUGCUGUAGGAGAUAGAUUACAUUUGAGUAGUUCCUUUGUCAAAGAUGGUACACACUUUAGUACAGUCGGUGCAACAGCUUUGAAACAUGUCACACCUACCCUACAAUCAGCUUCAGAAAUCAUCUCAUCCGCAAGACGUAAGACACCCAAUCAGAAAAGGACAUUUACAGGAAUUCAAAGAUUAUUAUUCUCACCGCCUACAAGAAAGAAAGUCACCAAAUCUCAAGCAGCUUAUAGACCUACUUAUGAUAGUGUACCUGAUGGUCCAGCAUGUAGGAUUUACGGUAGUGUAGAAGUGAAAAAAGUGACCGCAAAUUUACAUAUUACUACGCUCGGUCACGGUUAUAUGAGUUUUGAACAUACCGAUCAUCAAUUGAUGAACUUGUCUCACAUAGUCCAUGAAUUCUCCUUUGGUCCAUUUUUCCCAGCUAUAUCUCAACCAUUAGACAAAGGCUACGAGAUUGCCAAAGAGCCUUUUACAAUAUUCCAAUAUUUCCUUCGUGUAGUCCCUACAACCUAUAUCGAUGCAGCUAGACGACGACUAGUGACCUCUCAAUACGCCGUAACAGAUUACAACAGAUCAUUUGAACAUGGAAAAGGUGUACCUGGUAUAUUCUUCAAAUACGAUUUAGAAGCUAUGGCUUUGACAGUUAGGGAAAGGACAACGUCUUUAUACCAAUUCUUGAUCCGGUUAGUAGGAGUAAUUGGCGGAGUAUGGACAGUGGCUUCAUUUGGAUUAAGAGUAUUCAAUCGCGCUCAGAAGGAAGUAAGCAAAGCCGUAGUAGGGAAAGACAAAGAAUAUAUCCCUUCGUCACUGCCUUCGGGCUCGCCAGCGUAUGAAAGAGCAGGAAGUGGUUAUUUCGGUCGUGACGAUCGUAAUGGCAUGUUGAGAAAUACCACAUGGGGUGGAAGCCCAGGUGUGGGCAACGAUUGGAAAGCUAGAUAG